AAAUGUCAUUAUUUGUGUCCAUAAUAAAGAAGGCUAAUGCUAAAAGCAGUGUUCACAGAUAAAGGGGGAACGGUGGAGGGGAGGGCGAACUAGUGAGCGGAGAUAUAAGAGUUCGGGUUGUUGGCUGGGGCAGUUGUCGAGAGGUAGGCUAUUGCAAUUGUGUUACAAACCGAAAAAAACGAUUAAAUCCGCCGUCGCAGCUGCCGAAACAACGGUAGCAUGGUAGCUUUGGACUGGGGUUUCCAAGACGAGCGCCGAUAUCUACACGUUACUGUAAUUUUAACACCGAAUUACUUAUCCCCCUGAUCGAGUCGGGUAAACCACCGUCCGAGAUGGGGAAGGAGGUUAAUGGUGUUUCGCGGAGCCGGUUUGAGAUGUUCUCAAACAGCGACGAGGCCGUCAUCAAUAAGAAACUGCCCAAGGAGCUGUUGCUACGAAUCUUCUCCUUUCUGGAUGUGGUGACACUCUGUCGCUGUGCCCAGGUCUCACGGUCGUGGAAUGUGCUCGCCCUGGACGGCAGUAAUUGGCAGAGGAUUGACCUUUUCGACUUUCAGAGAGAUAUUGAGGGGCGAGUGGUGGAGAACAUUUCGAAACGAUGUGGGGGAUUCCUGAGGAAGUUGAGUCUGCGGGGCUGUCUGGGGGUGGGGGACAGCGCUCUGAGAACCUUCUCCCAGAACUGCAGGAAUAUUGAGCUGCUUAGUUUAAAUGGCUGCACCAAGAUUACUGACAGCACAUGUAAUAGCCUCAGUAAGUUCUGUCCCAAGCUCAAGCACUUGGACCUCGCGUCCUGUACCUCAAUCACCAACCUGUCACUCAAAGCACUUAGCGAGGGCUGUCCUCUGUUAGAGCAGCUCAACAUCUCGUGGUGUGACCAGGUGACUAAGGAUGGCAUCCAGGCCUUGGUACGAUGCUGUCCCGGACUCAAAGGCCUUUUCCUCAAGGGCUGCACACAGUUGGAGGAUGAAGCACUGAAGCACAUUGGUGCACACUGUCCAGAGCUGGUCACUCUCAACUUACAGACGUGUUCGCAGAUCACAGAUGAAGGUCUCAUUACUAUAUGCCGGGGCUGUCACCAUCUGCAGUCGCUGUGUGUCUCAGGUUGUGCCAACAUCACAGACGCCAUCCUCCACGCCUUGGGACUGAACUGCCCGCGCCUCAGAAUAUUAGAGGUGGCUCGCUGCUCUCAGCUCACAGAUGUGGGCUUCACUACACUGGCAAGGAAUUGUCAUGAGCUGGAAAAGAUGGACCUGGAAGAGUGUGUGCAGAUCACGGACGGCACACUCAUCCAGUUGUCCAUCCACUGCCCUCGUCUGCAAGUUCUGAGCCUGUCUCACUGUGAGCUGAUUACUGAUGAUGGCAUCAGACAUCUGGGCAGCGGGCCCUGUGCCCACGACCGGCUGGAGGUGAUCGAGCUGGACAACUGCCCCCUGAUCACGGACGCCUCGCUGGAGCACCUGAAGACCUGCCACAGCCUGGACCGCAUCGAGCUCUACGACUGCCAGCAGAUCACCCGCGCAGGCAUUAAGAGACUAAGGACCCAUCUACCUAACAUCAAAGUGCACGCGUAUUUCGCCCCAGUCACCCCACCACCCUCGGUCGGGGGGAGUCGCCAGAGAUUCUGUCGUUGCUGUAUCCUGCUAUGAUGUGAAGACUGCGCCCCCCCCAAAAAAAAAAAAAUCUGCCCUUCCACCCAACCUGGCUCGGCCUGGUCCGAUCCGGCCUCCAGGUAUACAUGCUGGUGUGCCCCCCCCCCCCCCCCCCCCCGAUUGGAGCUGCAGAGAGAGGGAGAGAGCCCAACCACCACAGGGUCUGGGAAGAACCUUCCCCACGACGUUCCCAAACCCACUCACAACAGCCUUUGUCAAACACACAAAUAAACACACACCCACACACACAUCACCACAGAUGAGCGUCAGUACAUUCCCUGCUGUCCCCAGGCCCAUGUGCUAAAGACCACCCAGCAUUACAGGGAGGAUUACAUAAUAGAACCACUGCUGUUUACAGAUUAGGCUCCUGAUACACUGUAUGGACUACAUGAAACUAGGGCUCACUGGAUACAAGGUUCCCAAUGGACUAGUAUGACCUUUUACUGAAGGAUCAGGAAGAUAGGUUUGGAUCAGAAACUCACAUCCAAUGUGUCUGGGUGUUGGGAGGAUAACCAGAAACAUGGCUAGAGCUAUGAGGAUAUUGGUUUGGUAGGAAUGCCCUCAGAAUCUUUCAACGACUGACAAGCUACCUCUAGACAUAACUGCUCUUUGUUAUCCUCUGGUUCCAGACUGCCCACUCCAAACAUAUAGCUAGGCCAGUUUUUUUUUUAUUACAAAAGACCGGUUUCCAUUGGCACUUUGAAGUCAACCCAGGUUGGACUGUCCUUGGUGGGCAAGCUGAAAUUGCGUUUCCGCUGCCUCCAAAUAGAAUAAAUGAUGUCAUGUUGCUAUGUAGUCAAUAUGUGACUGCAGCUGGCUUCGCUAAUGUUGCUAACUGGCAAGAUGUUGACGAAGUUAAAGCAUUGUGAGGGUGAAUUUAAAUAACUUUAACCCAUACUCCUGUCAGUGCUAGCCAUACUCGGAGCCAUGUAUUUAGCUUGCUAACUAGCCAAACGGUUAGCGUUGCCAUUCGCAAACCAGGCAACCGGUUUAAUAUGAUGCAACUACGACCUGGCCAGCUACAAUUCCUGCUAGCUCAUUUUAGCUAGCUACAGUAGCUUGUUUUAACUCUGAAAUGCUAGCUAAUAAUGGUAGCUAUCAUUUUAGGGCUGACUGUUGUCAUAAAGGUUUGUGUAGUGCAAAGAUAUAUGGAUCCAGCUGUGGUGGUAAUUCGUGUCAUGUCUAACUACUGCAUUACUGCUUGUCCAUGUGCUAGCUGUCAGCUCACACACCCAGAUGAGCUAGCUAAACGUUGGGAGCACCCAGCAGUGAUUUUUUAAUUUACAUAUAUUUUUUUUUUUAACUGCGUUACCAGCUUGACCAGUUGUGAAACUGGCCUGCUCUGGCUCGAAUUUGGGAAUUCCAUUCGAAACAGUUCUAAUUUGGCCCUAAUUUUAAGUGCUAGUGGAAAAUGGUGUCUUCUACAACCAUUAAACUGCCCCCCCCCCCCCCCCCAAACACACACACUCACAAACAUAGUGUAGAUGCAGUAGGUGGUAGUUCUUAUCUAGACUCAAAGUAGCUGCAAAGUAGCUGCAGCUUAAUGCAGGCCUGCUAGGGGAUAUGCUGAGUUUAUCCAGCAAAAUUAUGACAGAGUCUCUGACUCACCUAAUAGUUUACUGCCACAUGACUACACACACUUGAACAUGCGCGCGCACACACACACACAGCUCAAUACCCUUUCCCCCUUCCCCUUUCUCUGUUACAAUCAGAAGCUUCAUUGUACAAAAAAAAAGAGAGAAUGGUGAAUAUUUUUCUAAAAAGGACACCAAUUGAGACUUACACGUGGGGACUUGAGAAGAUGCCAAAUGUUGCAUGUAACAAUUCUAGUUUUUUAAAUGUAAUAUAUGUAAGUACUGUGGAAAUCCAGCCCCGCAGCCAGCUAAACCACACCACAGACCAUGGUGUGAAGGAGAGAUUUACAUCAAUGGGUCUCGCACUAUGAACUAUGUUAAGCCAAACACGUACUGUGUGUGUGUGUGUGUGUGUGUGUGUGUGUGUGUGUGUGUGUGUGUGUGUGUGUGAGAGAGAAUGUUCCGGGGCUAUGGGGAGUAGUUUGGACAGUGAACCAUUUUGGAGACAUAAUAAACCAGGCCCCUGGCAAGCUAGUCUUAACAACAGCAAAAUAUAGAAUACAGACACAAACUCAUAAAAUAAAAAAGAUUGACGUCACUGCGAGUUUGUGAUGCCAGACAGACCAGGAGAACGGAAAGAAAAAGCAAACCGAAAACAAAGUAUCUGUAUUUUUAUUUUGUUGCUUUUAGUCUUUUUUUUCCCUUGUUGAUGAACAUUAUUUAUGAAUGCGAGCUGGUGAACCACACAUGGGUAGGAGGAGAUGCCCAGUGUUGCUCGCGGGCACCGGGAUCUGGUCAGUGACAGUGAUGCCCCUUCAACUCCCAUGAGGUCUUGCAGGGGAGAGGGUGCCAUUGAAGUUGACCCUGCCACCAGCGCAACGCCCCCUCUUUCUGCCUGGAUCCAGUGACAUGAGAGGAGGAGGGGCCGCUGGGAUUGGAUAGGAACAAGGAAGUUGUUUAGAAUCUUGACCUGGAGUGAGCUGAGCACACAACACUGGCCUGCUGACAGAUGUUGGAGUGCAGGGGUAUGUGUCCCAAAACGCCACAACUACCACCUUAUGAAAAGACUUUGACCCCUGUUCAUGAGUAUCAAAGCCUUUCAUCUGGAUCCUUCCUCCUCUCCCACACUUUAACCUUCUCUGUUUUCUGUCUCUCCUCUUCGAUUCUCUCUGUUCUGUUUUUCUUUUUGUAGUUGUCUUUGUUUUAGCCUUUUUCUGUUCAAGUUGGUGACUUCUACAUCUCGUUCUCACCCCUCGCCACUCUCUUUUCUGUUUGGUGUGUUUUGGGGUGGGGCUGUUUUUGUUUUGCAUUCAGUCAUGAGUUCAGUGUUAAGUUUGAGCCCUCUUGCAGUCCUUGGUUUUUGGUCUUAUGCGGUUUGUGUUCUAUUACGAGUUCUUGUUACCUACUGUCCAGAGUGUAGCCUUUGUACAGGGGGAAGGGUUGGACACAGUGCAAUUUGUAAAAUAAGUUAAUGAUGAGGAUGAACCGGUGUCCAUUGUAUGUAUAAUGGAUGCUAUACAACGUGUUGAAUGUGUUUCCAUGAAGGUGUUGUCUGGGAACGUGGGGAGUUAGGGCCUAGGUUGUGUGCUGAUGUAGCAGAAACAGAUUCCUCUCCUGAUGUGCUUUCCCUUUACUUGUUAUGCCUUGCUUUGGGGAUCCCCUAACACCAUGAUGCAGCCCAGCCCACUGUAGAAACAAAUCUGAGUUGGUACGCCCAAUAGGAACGUUUUAAUGUUCCCUAAAAAUGCAUAUUUCCUUCUAAGAUUCAAACAAACCAACAGGCAAAACAUUUAAUGAUGAUUAUUUUCUAUUUUGUGAUUUGUCAGCCAGGGGUAGAAGUGGGAGGGGGAUAAUACAAACUGAGAUGAAUCUAGUCUGAUCUGUUUUGUUGAAUGUGGGUUUAUGGGGGAUUAGAGAACAUACAGGAGCCAAGAUGGCAGAGAUGCAUAAUGUACUCUCGUACUACUCACCCUCUGGCUACGUGCAACUGUGCUUCCACUGCUCUGUACGGUCUGAAGUUACUGGAAGGAAAGUCAUGGUGAAGCCUGGAUCCAGAACACCUGUUUGCCCUCUUCACACAGUUGCUGAGUCACAGGCACCACUUCUACUCGCUUAGUCAUACACAGACACACUGAGACACACACGGUACGCACUGACCAUUUGCACUCCCAUGGUCCUCUCUGAAUCAUAACUCAGUUGAGAGCGAAGGUAUGCAGAGUAGACAUGCAAGCCUACACAUACACACUAUUGACAGCACAGACAACAGGCAAAUUCAGACUCGAGCAGUACCUUUUAGAAUGUAUUCAGUAUACAAACACAUGAGAACAUGUCCAUACCGGGUUCUCAUAAACUACACAAACUAUCCUGUAGAAUGUCAAGACGAAACACAUGCAAAACAAUUAUACUGCUUCAUUCCACUUUUUUCCCCAGCAGUUUACAUGAAAGAUGACAGAUGACUGAAUUCUGGAUCGGUCCACUCAGUCCCUAUGACUAGGCUGUGUGUUGGAGGGGGUAGGGGAGGAGGGAUGGCUGCGUGAACAAGAUGGUGGAUCUAAAGUGUGUCCUUGGUAGUUUGACACCCGGGGAUUACUUUACUUUUUUAAUUUUUUUUUUAUUUACUUUACACAAUGACUGUAGUUCAUAUAAAUUAAUGUCAAUCUUUUUUCCUUUUUUUUUCUUUUCUUUUUUUUUUUUUACAAUUAACUGAUUAUAAAUAAAUAUGUAUGUAUGAAUAAAUAUAUAACUAUAUAUUAUUAA